AACACUCCACACCGUCCUGGAGCACACAUGCUCACAAACAUACACACACACACUCCAGAUUUCAAUCUCCUCUCUCUUGCACUAAACAUGCUCUGUUGGGAAUUGUGUUUAGCCCUGCUGAUCACCGGCUUCCCAGUGUGGGCUCUGCCUUCAACAAACAUCAAGAUCACACAAGCACUGCCCAUGCAACUGUCAGACUCAAACCAGCCUGUGACAUGUCCGCUUUUCUGGACUGAAUUUGAGGGUUACUGUUACCGCUUCUUUCCCCUGAACCGCACCUGGGCUGAGGCGGAUCUGUACUGCGCUGAGUUCUCAAACGGACACAAAUCUGCCAAACUUACCUCCAUUCACAGCUGGGAAGAAAAUGUGUUUGUCUAUGAUCUUGUGAACAGCCGUGUACCAGGAAUUCCAACAGAUAUUUGGAUUGGCCUUCAUGAUAGAAGACAGGAGGGCACUAUGGAGUGGACAGACGGGUCAUCCUAUGAAUACAGUUACUGGGAUGGAAAUCAACCAGAUGAUGGCAUCCAUCGCAUUCCUGAGGAGGAGGACUGUGUGGAGAUCUGGUACAGACAAAACAGCGCACUGAGAUCUUGGAAUGACAACAGUUGUGAUAAGGCUUUUCCAUUCGUCUGUAAGAUUCCUACACUGGAAAACUAACCUCAAAUAUAAGAUAUUUUAUCCAGUUUUUCAUCUUCACCACUGACAUCUCAACAUCACUCAAUCACAGUGUAGCAACAAGAUGUCCGCUCAUCUCCAUCCCUGCAGUGAUGAAGGGCUCUUUCCAGCCUGCUAUAGACACUUCAUUUGCAUUUCUCUCCCCUUCACUCCAAUUUCCUGGCCCCAUAGUCCUCCCAUCACUAUAUAUAUUGGAAGCGAUGCCAUAGAAGAACCAUUUUUGGUUUUCUGAAUCUUUCAGGGAGCAGUUCGUAAAAGAGGCAUUUGUUUCUGUGGCAAACAUUUUAAUAAUCUAAAGAGCCUUUUUCUACUGUAAAGACUGACAGCUUCCAUGAAUGUUAAAUGUUCUUCAUGGAACCAUAGAAGCCAAUACAGAACCUUUGUUUUUAGUGUAGAUAGUGAGCUACAGUAUAUGGCUGAACUGAACUAGACCGAAUACUUCACAGAUAUCUUUUAAGGAAAACUGAGGUCCCCACACAAUUAUCUGGGCAUUAUUGCUCUGAGACAUUAUUUCCUUCUUUUUCAAAUAGGGAACUUUUGCUGGAGACCCCAGAAUUUUAUAAAAAGUCAAAGAAGUUUUGAUAGAAAGGAUAUUUUUGAUUUCUUACAGACCUUCAGACAGGAAUGUGUGUGUCCAUAUAAUGACUCCUGAGUCUUGGUCUGGAAUCCCAAACACUGUCAGUGUCCGUCUGUGUACAUUUAUCUGUCACUGACCUAGAAGGUGAGAUUCUUAAAGAGAAGACAUUUAAGCCUCUGUUGACUGCAGAGCUUCAAAAGACAGAAAGAGCUUAACCUCAGCCAGGCAGAUGACCUUUUCUGCUUUUCUCUCUAUGUGUUUAUGUGCUAUGCCAAUUAGUGACCAAAAAAAAGUCUUUGUUCUUAUCCACAACUUUUUCAAUGUUCACCAAAAAUUUAGAAUGUUAAAAACUGGCUUCUUUUUAAUUCAUUAGCUGAUCUAGAUUUUCAGGGAUGUUGAACUGAAUUCUGAAUUGGAAUGACAGGAAGAGGAAUUUACUACAUUACACUUAGUUCACCCAAAAAUGAAAAUUCUGUCAUUAAUUACUCACCCUCAUGUCAUUCCAAAUCCAUAAGAACUUGUUCAUCUUUGGAAUACAAAUUAAAAUAUUUUUGAUGAAAUCUGAGAGCUUUCUGACCCUUCAUAGACAGCAACGCAACUGACAUGUUCGAGGCUGAGAAAGGUAAUAAGGACACAACUCAUGGACACACGUCAAAGACUGACUUGGUAGAGAAGAAAUUGUUGAAUAAAGCCAUUACACACAAAAAGUAUUCUUGGAGCUUCAUCAAAUUACGGUUGAACCACUGAUGUCACAUCUUUUAACGAUUUCCUUACUACCUUUCUGGGCCUUGAACGUGUCAGUUACAUUUCUGUCUAAGCAGGGUGAGAAAUCUCAGUUUUCAUCAAAAAUAUCUUAAUUUAAUAUCUUUUAUUCUGAAGAUGAAUGAAUGUCUUACAGGUUUGCAACGUGUGGUGAGUAAUUAAUGACAGAAUUUACAUUUUUGUUUGAACUAUCCCUUUAAGAAAUUCAACACUGUCACACAAUAGAUUAGUUUAAUAAUAAUUAUGCUUAUUUAUUUAGAAUAUACCUUGAUAUUUUAAAAACAUUUUAUAUUAGGGGCUGUUCACACAGAAUUUUUGUAUUCCACUGUGCUUUUCCAAUUGUUUUUCUAUGCAAACAUAAAUAGAUGGAUG